AUGGAAGAACCUCAGGAUGGAAGUCAAGUGGACGCCAGCAAGGCGAUAUGGUAUUUCGCAUAUGGCUCAAAUAUCCGGUCGUCUGUGAUGAAGGGGCGUGCAAUCACCCCUCUCAGGGCCCAACCCGUCGUCGUGCCAUCACACAUCCUCUGCUUCGACAUUUUCGGUAUUCCCUAUGCGGAACCCGCGUUCGCCAGUAUUACAACACUGCCGUCAGAUCUGGCGGCUGGCGGCUCACAGGAACAGGCUAUCCCGCCAGUGCAUGGGGUGGCAUACCUGCUUACGGCUGAUGAUUAUCGACGCUUGGUGCUUACUGAAGGCGCUGGAGUGGGUUACAAUGAAAUCAGCGUACGCGCCAGAAUAUUGAGCCUGGACCCUGACGAGGGUGAGGAGAUUAUGGCUUAUACACUGCAAGCUAAAUAUCCGUGGCGACCCAAUCGAGCCCCCAGCAUGAGAUAUAUGGGGCUGAUAGUAGAUGGAGCGAACGAGUUCAGCCUUCCCGACACCUACAAGACAUACCUUCAGUCCCUGCCAGUGUAUGUUCCGCUGCCAACGUAUCGGUCCCAAGCCGGGGCCUGGUGCUUCCUCACCUUCUGGAGGAGAGCGAUCCGUCUUCUGGCUCGCCUGACACAAGUCAGCACGAAUGAAAGGGGACAUUGUCCGAGAUGGCUAGGGGGUGUGAUAGUUGGCGUGUAUCGUUGUAUGUGGGGAUGGCACGACUAUGUGCACUCGGUGAUCUGGACUCCGGGGGAUGGAGUCGCGUUCGGUCCGCAAUGCUAG